AUGAAUACAAGAACCUCUCCACCAACCCCCCCAGAGGGUAUCACCGCAGGUCCGGUCUCUGAAGAUGACAUGUUCUACUGGGAAGCGUUGAUUCAAGGUCUGGAGGGAACUCCGUUCGAGGGCGGCGUAUUCGCUGCUGAGCUUAAGUUCCCCAAGGAUUACCCUCUCAGUCCACCAACCAUGAAAUUUGUCGGUGGUGGAGUUUGGCAUCCCAAUGUUUACCCCAACGGCACAGUAUGCAUCUCCAUUCUGCACCCUCCCGGUGAUGAUCCCAACCACUACGAACAUGCCUCAGAGCGCUGGUCGCCUAUCCAGAGCGUGGAGAAGAUUCUCAUAUCCGUUAUGAGUAUGCUCGCAGAGCCGAACGAUGAGAGUCCCGCUAAUGUGGAGGCGGCCAAGAUGUGGCGUGAGCGAAGACCGGAGUAUGAGCAGAAGGUUCGUGAUGAGGUGCGUAAGGGUUUGGGGCUGUAA